AGUUAUAGUUGACUCUUAACAAAAAUAUAUGCAACUAAGACAAUUAUAUUACGAUUAGUAUAGAAGUAUUCACCUAACAAAAAAUUAUGACAAUGGUAUAGGUUAAUGAAUUGUUGUGUUUGUGUAAAUUGACUUAGUCUCUUAGCAAUUAUCAUAGGCUGGAAAUGACCUUCCUUUCAAGUUUUCAUUCAUCAUAAUGUAUGAAAUUUAUCUAAAUUAGGCGUCAAUAUGUUGUGGUCUAGACUUUACAUAUACAAAUAUACACUAUAUGAGCAAUAUUGAGCUUUAUAUUUUGAGUCUAAAAGGGAUGAAUGUUAACUCUUGAGUGGUUAUGCAAAGUAUUAUCUGUAUUUAAUAUAUGUUAGAUAUAUGACUAAUUACUUAACUGGUUAAUUUGGUUUGACUGGUUAGGAGUGUCUGAAACCAAACCAAACCACCUAAACCAAACAAGCUAAAAACUUUAACCAAACCAAACCAAUUAUCCAAAUUAACCAAACCAAAUUAUCCAAAUAGUACCGGUUAAAACGGUUACCACGGUAACCAAUCCGUUUGAAUACCCCUACUUGGAAUAGAGGUUGAAUCUUUAAAUUCUUCGAUUUCCCCCUAAUUAGAUUAUAAAAAAGUUGAGUUGGUUCAGGCUUCUAAUCCUUCAUUGUGCACCAGAUAUCAUUGAGAACUCUGGAAGACUGAUAAUCAAAUCAUCAUCAAUUAAACAGAUUUUUAGUUCAUUCAGCCAAAGGUCUCGAAGAAAAUGGCUUAACUAUGAAAUGAAGAAAUACGUUCACCAAGUGUCCAUUUGAUCACAGAUGAGCAAAAAAGGAGUUUGUGUUUGUUAAAGGUAUGACAGUUGUUGAUUCAUACAUUUUCUGCAAAUGAAGUUCCAUCUAUCACAGUUGGGUUCGACCUGAACUUAAAUGGAGAAGAACACAAGGUCCAUCACGUUAUCAGCAGUUUAGUUCUAGUUACAGGUGUACAUUAUAAGAAUCAGAGCCAUAACCUCUGUGCACAAGAUUAAAGAUCGUCCAUAUUUCUUCACGGAGCACACUCACAAAUUCCGCACAACAACCUAAUGACAUUUCCAAAACUUUGCAAACAACAAAGAAGAAAGCUUUUACAAGGACGGAUUUAGGGAAGAUGGUUGUUGAAAGAUUCCAACUUUGAGAGUAGUGAAGCACAACUGCCCAUCUCCCCCCAGGUGUUGCAGAGAAAUCUUUCGGAUUUUUUUUUCUUCUUGUCAAAAUGCAUUUUUAUUAUUAAAAACAGGCACAACGCCGAUACACAGAGUAUCUGCGGAGUUGUCGAAGGAUUGCUGAAACAAGGGGGCAAAAAGGAAUGUGGGGAAGAUGAUUGUUGAGGGAUUUCAAUGGCGGAAAACGCACUGUGAAACUCAACUGCCCAUCUUCCCCUGGUUUUUGGGUGUUGCAAAGAAAUCUUUCGGUUUCAGAGUGCACUCAGGGCACAACGCCGAUACACACAAUCUUUGCGCAGACCAUAGAAACAAGCAAAAACCCAAACCUUUUCAUAAUCUAAACCGAGCAAGAGAGAAAGAUCUAGAGAGCUACGCCAUAGUAAAAAAGGGAAGAGGAGAAGAAGCUGAACGAUUGCUAUUCGGUGAAGGAGAAGCAGUAAACAGAGCUAAAUAAGCUGGAGAGGAGGAAGAGAGGCGGCUAGGGUUUACAUAAUUGUUGAGUCUAGUUACGAUAGUAGCCUUUUUAGAAGAAGGCUUUGGCGGGCCCAAGCCCAUGAUGGCGCUGUAUCGGUCCAGUCUUGUUCCUUUUUUUUUUUGGCAAAGUAUUCUAAAAUAAGGAACGGUUAGAUACGAGAAUAAUACAAUAUCUUUUUUCAAUUUUCUUCUCUUUGAAGAACUAGUAUCGGUGUUUGCUAUGAUUAAUCAUGGUUCGGAGGAUAUAAAAAAAGUAUAAUUGUUUAACCUACUCGAAAAUGCGAAUAGCUGCAAUUUUUAUUUUAAUAAGUCCUCUAUUUUUUAUUGUUUAAUAAAUUCAACUUAUCAACACUUCAACUUAUGUUUUAGAAUUUAAUUUUUACAUAUUUUUUCAUAUGAUAAAUCUAGACUAACAUUCUGAUAAAAUUUGAAAUGUUGUUUUAUAGCUGUUAGAAUUCACAUUCAAAAUACACAAAACAAACUAUAAAAUAAACAACAAUUAAAAAAAUAAACAAAAAAAGCAAGACAUAGAGCAAAGAUUAUUAUAUCUUAUUCGUGUAUAGUACUAUAUAUGUAUACUCUCUUUAGUGAUUUGGAGAAUUUAAGUUGAUUAAACAAUUUGAUUGAUCGGAUCGGUAUAGGGAUUUCAUAAACUUAAUUAUUGCAGCUAGGCAAGUGACCAAAUUGAGUAAAUCCACAAUCCUUUUUCUACGCAACGAUGUAGACUAUUGGUUCAGUAGACAGCUUGGUUCGUUGCCGACCUGCCUACCGAGAAGGAAGAAGAAGAAAAAACAAAAGAGCAGCGGCGAUGGAUAUAUAAACAUGAUUUUCAUUGCUGGUUACUGCAUCAUUGUGUGGUAACUUCAUACUUCAUACAAUAACAUUGAGCACAUAUUAGUAACAAAAAGUCAAAAUUCAAGUCCCUCCCUCCAAGCUUCUCUCUAGACAAAGAUCCUUCCAUCACAGAAAAUGAAUUCUCCUUGCUGUUAAACCCAUUUCCCAGAUGAACACUGCCUGCCUCCCUGAGUUAACCCACCCUCUCAAAAUUCCACCCCCAGUGCUAUACCAUACAUCAUCCUCAUGGCACAGUUAUUUACCCCGGGUGCGCGCUGUGGACCGAUCGUAAGUUUGUAACUUUGCUCCUGUUAUUUACUUGGUAUAUAUUGUGCAGAACCAAGAUAUAGGAGGGAAAAGGGGUAUUAUUCAUGCAGCAGCAACCUCAGCAAGAUAGACCUGAGGCGAAGAGCAGGGAGACAAGGAGCAUUCGUGUGGUCGUUUCCUGAUUUCGCCAUAACGAUGAUUCUUCUCUCGGUAAUCUUCGUCCCUGAUAUGCUUCUCCCGGCAUUCCGGGCUGCAAAAUGCCUUCUCUCCCCUGCAAAGCAACAAGUAGUUUACCCACUUCAGAGAUAUUGACGUAUACAAAAUAUCUGUAGCAGUUCAGAAACUCAAUGGCCCCCCAAACUAAACUAAUAUAUGCCUGCCUGACUUCCCAGGACAAGAAAUCUAGUCCACUUGCUGAAAGCAAACAAGAAUUAUUCCUCACUUCACCAUCACCAUCACGAUCACAUAUUAUAACUUCCAAUGAAAGAGAAAGAUGCCU